CACGUCACUUUCUGGCGAUUUUGUAUUCCGCAGGAGCGAGUGCUAUCCGAAGAUUUCCUCAUUCUACUACGCGAUCCGAUCGUUUGCUCGCAGUCUGUCAACGCCAGUGUUAGGUGCGGCUUUUUCGAGGAUCAGUACGUCCCUGAAAUAUUUAUUACACAUUAUUAUAUUACGAAUUCUAACCUGCUGCGCAAUGGUUAGGUAUCGUUGCCUAUGGUAUGAACGCUGUGACGAUGCUAUUGGACGACUACGAGAUAAGCAUAGAGUAUUUUUCGUUCCUCGACACUGCACUAUUGAGGAUCGGAAUUUGAGAUAAGAUCAUUUCGGUGAAUCAUACUUUCUUCUUCGUCUUAAUGGUUCGGUCAGAUUCCUGCGAAAAGAAAUAAUCACCUGUCUGGAAUUCGUUUGUCGAAUGCCGCGCAGCCCCUUUUUCGGAGGGAUAAGUCAGGGUAAAAAAUGAUGGCGUCGAUCGUUGCUGGCCAUUCCCUGAGACCCGAGCAGCUAGCAGGUAAAAUAUCACCUGUUUAAAGUGUUCACGGUGGGCAGGUAUGCGGGUGGGUGUUUGUUCAGGUAUCCUUAGACCUGGGACCGGCGGCAGCCCCCCUCCGAAAGAAAUGGAGCCGAGGACCACUAGAAGUAGCCUUCGCAUGCCUCGUCGAAGGAGAGAAUCAUGCGUACCAGGGUUUUCGUCGUGGAUAUAAGCAACCCGGGGUACGGGGACGACCGACUCUCUCUUUGACCCUCACCAAGAGCUCGUCUACCUAGUGCUUACACAUAAUUUCAUUCUUCGACAUCCUUUCGUUUUGGAACAACGCGCGCUGCACCAUCGGUAUCUAUCGAAGCGUUGUGUUACGUUGAUUACCAAAAUUUUAGAAUCAUCUUAUUCUCAGUUUGUACAUGUUUAAACUCAUUUUGCAUUUAGCUAAGACGUGGAAAAAUAUUUCAUAUCUAUGAUCCUCAUCUCGGAUGAUUUGAUUUAUGCAUUUUACCUGUUUCCAAUUGUGUGUUCAACGUUUGUGAUUAAAUUCGGUGUUUCGCAGUUAAUGUGUGAUGCUACAACAUAAGGAGAGUUAAAAUGGAUAUCAAGCUUAAUUCCACCUGGGUGGCUCUGGUACUUGCCGUUCUCGUUCUUGUCAUCGCGACGAGUUCCGCUGGCCACAGGAGUCGCGGAUCGGGCAGAAUCGCUUACAGAGGUCACAAUCGACGGGAAGUUCGCGACUACCUCGCCCCGCCGUCACAAAACGCUUUCGACACGAGCUACGGAAUUCCGUCGCGCCGGCCGUCUCCGCUGAUACCCUAUCGACCUGGCAGAUACUUGGACCCUCCUCCAACUCCGUCGACCGAAGCACCGGGCUACUUUUCCAGGUUCAUGAGCUGGAUUAAUCCAUGGGGAGGAACUACAACAGUCGCGCCAUCCGGCUACCUACCUCCAGAGGUCAAGGCGAAAGAAAACAAAUGCAGUCCGUGCAACAAGAUACCCUGGAACCCGAUGGCAAAUAACGGUCAGCACGAUGCAUACGGGUCAGGCACGACGAACGUAGAGAUCCAACCUAGCGAUGGUCAGGAGGGGAAGAACAACGGUGGUUCAUUCACAUUGAGCUACUCGGAAGGCAUCCGUAUCCCUGACUUCAGCUAUGGACGUCCCACCAGCCCGCAAACCGAAGGUUUGCAACCGCCACCGGCGGACUUGAGCACAUCACCACCGAUUCCGUUUCCUUAUUUAUAUCCAGGCCCAAUGCCGCCCCUCUUCAAGGCCAAGCCGUUCCACUCUUCGUCGGAUUUCUUCAAGCCUACGCCUUCCAUCCAACUGACAUCAGGUCUGCCAGAAUUUACUCCCGAGUCAAUACCGAACUUUUCCGGCCCCGAGCAACAGCAUCUUGACGAUGGACACGUGGACGUUCUGCCCCCAGGCGCAGAGGUCGAUAUUUCAGGUCAUGGUACCGAAAUUCGUGACACGCCACCCCCUGGAUACGGGGGAUCGUCUUUCGAAAGUGAAGGGUAUCACGAAAUCGGGUACGGAAGCACCACACUGAACGUUGACCAGUCAAAGACAGUUACGGCCGGCUACAAUGUUCAGCCCCCAGUGACCGUUGAGGUAAUUCAUAGCGUUCCUGCAGCUGAAUUUUCGGCGCCAGUAGAUCACCCUGUACACUAUGAGGAGUCACCGAUUAUUGAUCUGAGCAAAGAUGAUCAGAGGGAACCCCAGGGUGCGGUGCAGCAAAAUGGCGACAGUGAUUAUACGCCCGGAUUAAAUCCACCGCCGAAUGAAGCCGUCUAUUCCUACAAUAGCAAUAGCGGAGAUUCACUCACAACGGUCGCAGCGAAGGAUGAAAGUCGUAAAAACUCCUACGGUAUUCCCGUGAACAAUAAUCUACUCGCGGACUCACUGGCUGCUUCAUCUUCUACAAACGGAACCAGUUUUUCACCCACGCCGUCUUACAACAUUCUAGGUGUCGACGAACUCCCCGUCAGUCAUGAAACCGCCAAAUCAAACGCUUACGAGAGCUUUCCACCCUCGACGGAGAAACUUUUAAUAUCUGUCCAAAAUUCAGAGCAGAAUUUUCAAGAACCGAGCAAACAGCCACUGAAUGGCUCUACUCUACAACAGCAGACUCCGCAGAAUCAUGGGAAGAUCGUCGACAGUUAUCAACAGAACAUAAAACAACCGUCCAGCGGUCAGUCAGCCGUCAUCCAAAAUCCAGAACCUCUUGUCUCGUAUCGCCCCGAUUCGCUCUACGUACCUUAUCCCCCGUAUUCUGGAACUAACACCCAACAGGUAGGCGUCAAAUCCACUGGAAACUCCCAGCCGCCCGUAGCCAUAGGUCCAACCACCGAGGAGCCGUUCUUAGAUGCUCUGCUCAAAUCGUACGACAAUUUCAAACAGGAGAUGGCUGUGAAGGACUAUCAGGAAAGAUUGAGGACAGAGAGCCAGCAGAAUCAGGGAUCAUGGAAUUCGCCUUCACUCAGAGGCACGACUUGGGUCUCGCAACCGCAGCCGAGUUUCGCAGUGCCGGGGAGCAUAAAUCCCAGCGUUUUCCCCGGUGGGAAUACGAUCAACUCCCAGAACCAGCGGCAACAGUCGGGAGUCAAAAAAAACAAGCAGGUACAGAUCAUAAUUCCUUACACCUCACAGUACACGCCGAGUCCAUUUCAGCCUGUCCCGGAUGAUUGGAGUGGCCGCGGUUCCCUUGAACAAACUCAAGGAAGGAAAGUUCCUGUAAUUGAUGAAGCAGAUCACAACUAUGUUGGACAAGAGUCUCAGAAUGUUGAGAUUAAGAGGCCAUUGAAGCCCUUGGAAAACCUGUUAUCUAAAGAAAUUUCCAAGAAACCAUUUGUCAAGCAGGAAAACAAUUCCAUCGACGUCACGAGGCUUCAGAAGAACAUCGACAAUUGGACUAUUCAGGAAUACUCGCGUGGAAUGACUUCGAGCACCGCUCUACCUAGUUCUUCGCAUCCUUACCUUCUGCCGUCUAAAAAAAUACCACAUGAAUACUUGACCAGCACUCAGUCCUCGGCUCCCCAGGAAAGGAUUGACACGAAUCAGUCCGACUUAGCCGGCCUUAACUACAAUGAUCUCGAACACGAAGGUGCUGCAAGUGGCCGUGUCGAUGUUCCUCAUAUUCAGGUAUUUCGCGUCGAGAGCGUGUCUAAGUCAACUGAGACCGAUAAAAGCCCGAUAACCGCGUCCACAACAACAGAGAGUACGACCUCCGCAUCUUCACCUUCAUCUUUCACAUCGACGUCACCAACGACGACGACGACUCAACAGUCAUGGGCUGAGCUUCCGGUGUCUAUUUCACCGCACAACAACGAACGAGUUUACGUUGUCACGCCACAGCCGGUGAGAACGUCCAAAUCAGAAAAAUAUGAGGCAAUCGAGAGAGCCUACCAGGUGCUACCCCAGGCGGUUAAUAAUCUGGCAUCCGCGUCUGUGAGCGCUCCCGAAGAUUCCCCCCUUUGGGGAAUUAUGGAACACGAAAAAUACGCGAGAAACGACGAAAGAAACCCGAACGCUACCGUUCCGAUUCUCUAUUCCGGACAUUCUAAGGUUUCCAACGCAAAACAUUGACCGUCUUAAAAGAUGAUCCACGACUGCUCAAACUGUCGAAGUAAUUUACGAUUGAAACAAUUUUCGAGUGAACGUGAAGCUUAUAUAGUAUUUAUACGUAGAUAAAAUAUCAUAUUGUGAUUUCUGUGCGAAUGAUUUGUGCAUGGUGUAGAUGGACAACUUGGGUUGCCUACAAUAAGACUGUGUUUUGACAUUAAUGUAAUUGAUAACGUAGUUUUUAGUUAGAUUAUAUUAAUCCUAUGC